AAGCUAGUGGGGUCGCGGGUUCGACAGAUACCUCCCACACGGUCUGCUAAACCACGACACCUAUAACUUGGGGCCCCGUCAAGGCCUUCCCCCCCCUACCCGCACCCUCGAGACAUGUCCGCACUGUUCCAAAACUCGUACUAUGUCGUGAACAACAUCAACGCCAUCCUCUAUGGCAUUGAGCUCGUGGUGUACUUCAUGAUCGUCCGCCACGUCGUGCGGAACAGGCAGCGCACGCGCGCGGACAGGUUCCUCAUCGCCUUCAGCACCGUCCUGCUGGCGCUCAACACGAUCUACUGGACGACGCAGGCGUAUUUCGGAGAGCAGAUGUGGAUCGUACAUGCGGACUACCCCGGGGGCAUGGACGCGUAUCUCGCCGCCAACGUCGCGGUGUGGUACCAGACAUGGGGCACCGCCGCAGUCACAAUCAGCAACCUCAUGGCGGAUGCGCUGAUGAUGUACCGCGUAUAUGUUAUAUGGAACAACGCGUCCGUGGUCGUGGUCCCAGCGCUGAUUUGGCUCGGCUCUCUCGGAAGUGGCAUCGGGCUGCUGAUCGAGUCCGGCCGACCGAACGGCAACUACUACGCGGGGACGGCGACGAAAUUCGGGACCGCGUGGAACGUGCUCGUGUUCUCGUUCAACGUGAUCACGACGUCCCUCAUCUGCGGGCGCAUCCUCUACAUCGGACGGCGAGUGAGCGUGACCAGGGAGGGCACUCAGGCGUAUACCGGUGCCAUCGCCAUCAUCGUCGAGUCCGCGCUGCCGUUCACGCUCGGAAGCAUGGCGUAUGUCAUCGCAUACGGUAUUGGAAGCGACCUCGCGGUCGCGUUUUCAUGCUAUGCGAUGUUCACGGCCAUCUCGCCCCAGCUCAUCGCGCUGCGGGUACUCGAGCGGCGCGCAUGGCGGAAGGAGUCCACAUCGGCCUUCCUCACAACCAUCAACUUCUCGGACCGCACAGCGGCGACCACCACGCGCGGUGGCAGCUUAAAUGCCGACUAUGAGCUGGACAAGAGGAAGGACGUGAGCUCGUCCAUGAACCUGUCGACCGUGCAAGCCGAGAACGCUGCUGAUUACGCUGUAUGAUAUACCCC